AUAUUUAUUGGAAUUUUGUGGAGGCAGGGCCUUCCCCACUGAGGGAAAUUCUGGCUUAAGGCCUGUGGGUGAGGGGUGUGCGCAGGAUAAGCAGAGAGAGAGAGAGAGAGGGAGAGGAGUCAAGUUCAUUGUUCUUCGCCUUGUGUUGUGGUGAGGGCUCGAGCUCUAUGCUACACUGAGGUCUUUAGUGUAGUCUCUUUGGUGAUUCUUGGGUGCUUCUUUUCUGGGUUUUCUUUUCUUUUCGAGGAAAGGUUUGAUUCGAGGAAAAAUGGGCAAGAGGAGAAGAGCUUUGGCAGUGAUUGUGUGCUUGUGGAGCUUGAUCUCUCUGUCCGGAGCUGCCCGGUUGAGCUCCGGUUCGAAGCAGACGCUUGAGGUUCAGAAGCACUUGAGGCGCUUGAACAAACCUGCUGUGAAAAGCAUUCAGAGUCCAGAUGGGGAUGUUAUUGACUGUGUCCCCAUAUCUGAUCAACCAGCCUUUGAUCACCCUUACCUCAAAGACCACAAAAUCCAGAUGAGACCUACAUAUCACCCGGAAGGCCUGUUUGACGAGAACAAAGUGGCCACAAGCACCAAAGAAAGAGCAAACCCCAUUAAUCAGCUGUGGCACGUGAAUGGGAAAUGCCCUGAAAAUACCAUCCCCGUAAGGAGGACCAAGGAAGAUGAUGUCCUGAGAGCAAGCUCUGUUAAGAGAUAUGGAAGGAAGAAGCGCAGAAGCAUCCCACAACCCAGGUCCGCUGACCCUAAUCUCAUCAAUGAGAGUGGUCAUCAGCAUGCAAUAGCUUAUGUUGAGGGAGACAGUUUCUAUGGAGCAAAAGCAACCAUAAAUGUCUGGGAACCUAAAAUUCAACAGUCCAAUGAGUUCAGCUUAUCUCAGCUCUGGCUAUUGGGAGGUUCAUUCGGUGAAGAUCUGAAUAGCAUUGAGGCCGGUUGGCAGGUGACUCCAGAUCUGUAUGGCGAUAACAACACUAGGUUAUUCACCUACUGGACGAGCGAUGCGUAUCAAGCCACGGGUUGCUAUAACCUCCUCUGCUCCGGUUUCAUUCAAAUCAACAAUGAAAUAGCAAUGGGAGCAAGCAUCUCCCCUGUUUCUGCUUACCGGAAUUCUCAAUACGACAUCAGUAUACUCAUCUGGAAGGACCCAAAAGAAGGCCACUGGUGGAUGCAAUUUGGGAACGACUACGUCCUCGGUUAUUGGCCUUCUUUCCUCUUCUCGUACUUGGCGGACAGCGCUUCCAUGAUCGAGUGGGGAGGUGAGGUUGUGAACUCGGAACCCGAAGGUGAACACACAUCAACUCAAAUGGGAAGCGGCCAUUUUCCUGAAGAAGGAUUCGGGAAGGCCAGCUAUUUCAGGAACAUUCAAGUCGUUGACAGCUCCAACAACCUCAAGGCUCCUAAGGGGAUUGGCACCUUCACCGAGCAAUCCAACUGCUACGAUGUCCAAACCGGCGAUAACGGCGAUUGGGGUCACUACUUCUACUAUGGGGGUCCUGGCAAAAACCCUAAUUGUCCAUGACAAUAAGUAGUCCCCAAAAUCCUCCUUUUUCUGUUUCCCUAUGUAUCAUUCAACCCUAGUGUCAAUGUCCCUUUUCUCUCUUCUGUAUACCCCUUUCUUGGUCCUUUUUUAGGGUGGGUCUCCUAGGAACAUGUUUUCGCCUUUCUGUAGUGGGAAAGUUUUGACUCUACUGUAUUUUCACUUAGAAUAUUUCUCUCCAUGUAAGUGGGUCUUUAGAGGGGUUGGCCAAAAGUUUUCUCAGAGCCCUAAGAGAAACAGGCCCUUGAAUACUCCUUGUAUUCUAUUUGUUUGUUUGCUCCUUCCCUUGGAGUGUUUUGUCAAUGAUGAAUGAAUGAACCAUCCUCUCUCCGAGGCUCUUUGAUCUAA